UUACUCCGGCCUUCCUUCCUUCAGUUCCUUCUUCUAUUCGGAUCUACUUGACAAACUGACGACGGUAUACGCGACGCGUUGAUCGAUCGGUCGGACAUGUCGUUUCUAUACAGGCAGGAGAUAAAAUCGCUGCAGGACGGCAUGCCGAACACUUUCGUAAUCGGCGUGAUUAUAAACAGCACGAACGUGAGAACGUUCGACGCCACUCAAGCCAGGUUUAGCAAUGGCGAACGUAGCGUGUGGACAUUUACUUUGCGCGACUCCGAGGAGGAUUUUAUUAACGUCACCGUGUGGGGUGGCACGGAAUUCGUGAAGAAAUUAUCGACCACGUUUAACAUCGGGUCCGUAGUGGAGGUGAUAAGUGCGAAAAUCGUAAAACGCAAUCCCAACGAUAGGAACGAGCAAUUCUCGCCGUCGACUUCCAGCCCUUUCACCCUAAUUGUGAACGAGGGUACGGCCCUUGUACAGAAUCACGACGCGCCGACUCGCAAAGGAUACGAGGAUCUACUAACGCGGCCCGUAAAAAGCGUGACCUCCGCGAAAAGCCUGAAAACGAUUUUGGACAACAUAGAGGCACUGUGCGAUCGUUUUGUCGACCUUCUGGUGGUCGUUACGUUUAUCGCUGACGCGCGUCAUAUAAUGACACGGGACGGACGAGCUCUAACGUGUCGCAGUUUCGAGAUCGCGGACGGAUCGACGGACAAUACGGUGUCGUUGAUGCUGUGGGAUAAGGACUGGAUCGAGAGAUCGGCCCUUUGGGAACCGAAGAAGACAAUGCUGUUCCUGAUUGACGCUCGCAUUGCAUUUGACGAAUAUAAAAAGAAAACGACGUUGAGUAUCUCAAGACGAACGUUGAUCACGGAGUGUCUAAACGUACCGCAAGCCGUAGAUAUUAUGACCGCAGUGCAACAUUAUGAUCCUGAUUCCGUAUGUAGCGACCCGUUCGCC